AUGGUUCUUCUGAGAGUACAAGAUCCAAACAAGGAGUACAUGAUAGUUCGAGUAUCAGGCGGAGAGCAGCCUGGACCAACAUUCUCGCAGAAGGCAGGACAGAUGAAGCUGAAUGGAAAGGCCAUUGCUGAGGACAUCAAGAAGCUGACUGUGAAGGAGUUCAAGUUGCAGAAGGUGCAUGUUGAAGUAGCAGCACAAAACAGGCAAGUUGAGUUGCGAAUGGCACCGACCACUGCACAGCUGAUCAUCAGAGAGCUGAAAGAGAAGCGACUUCCAAAGAAGAAGGGAGCUGAAAAGGUUGAUCAGACCCACGAGGGAUCUCUGUCUUGGAAGAGUGUUCUAACCAUCGUAGAUGAAAUACACGAAGAUCGAUCUCGAUCCAAUUCCAAAAAGGGCACUUUGAAGCAGAUUCUGGGAACAGCACUUUCUGUAGGAUGCACCAUAGAAGAGCACGGCCCAAAGGAGGUUCUCGUUGCUCUGAAUGCGAAUAAGACGGCAUUGGCCACUCUUCUGGGUCUCUCUGCGUCCUCGUUGCCUGAAUAUCUCAAUUAG